AUGGCGGAUGGAUUCAGGGAAGAUCACGAGAAUAUUACUAUUGGAAGUUUGAAGAGCAGGCAGCAAGGGAAACUACAAGUAGAAGGUGAAGAAGCAGAUCGAUCCUUGGGGGAGAAAUGCAGCCAUCUGGUGAAGAAGCAGCGGGCCAAAUUCUACAUCCUUCGCCGCUGUAUUGCGUUGCUUCUUUGCUGGAAAGACCGUGACCGCUAA